CCCUCACGCCACCACGGUGCCUUCUUCUUCUCCACGAAAGAAGGGGAUCCAAGGCCCUUCUUCCUCCUCCUACACAGCCGCCAUGGCAGCCCCAAAGUAGAAGAAGAAGGUGCUUAAAAAAAGAUCUAAGGGCAGGGUGGUCAGAGCCAUACCAGGCAGCAACAUCAGGGCAGGGGAUCUGUGGCAGCAGCCAAUAAAAGGAAAAAGAAAUGCUUGAUCUCAAUGAGUUGCCUCCUGAUCUCAAUGAGCUUCCUCAUGAUAUGGAUCAACAGCAACACAACAUGCCACAAGGAAAUUGGACAGAAAACGGGCGCUCUGUUUACUACACGCAGACAAGUCAUGGGCCUAACCCUAUGGGCCAUGACAAUGUGGCAGGGCAGUCAUCAACCCGUGCUGCCCCUGUAGUGGUGUCUUUGCAGUCAGAGAGCCAUACUCUUGAUGACAGGGGCACCGCAGCAAAUGUUCCUGGUCCAACCAGGACUAAGCUCAGAGCCGGUGCUGUUGACGGUGUUGUGCAAGGAGAAGAAGGAGAAGAUGAGGCUGGUUCUCAGCCAAUGGAACCCUAUGUCGCAUGAGGUUUGAUAGCCUUCAAAUUGCUAAGGAUCACUACAACAGCUACGCCCUAUGGAUGGGUUUCUCUGUCAAAAUGAACACCUCUAGGCGGACAGGCAAUGUAUUGGUAAAACAACAGUUUUGCUGCAACAAGUACAAGAAGCCAAAAGCUGAUGAUGGAGGAGUUGAGGCUCCUCCUGUCCUGGACCCUAUACUAGAUCCAAAACCUGUUGACACUAAUGAGGAAAUGGAAGAUGAACCUCUAAUCUUUGCUGAAGAUGAGGCUGAUCCUAGUAAGAAAAGGAAGAAACGAAAACGCGAGACAAUAAAGCAGACUCAAUGCAAGGCAAAAAUGUUGGUGAAGCUGAUGGAUGGGCGAUGGGAGGUGACGCACUUUGUUCGUGACCACAAUCAUCCGCUGGUGAACAAACCUUCAUUGUCCAAAUACUUGAGAUCCCACCAAGGCAUCUCUCCUGAUGAAAAGGAGUUUUUGCGCAUCUUGUAUAACUGCAACUUGACUACAGGUGUGUUUCUAUAUUCCUUACAGAAUUAAGUUUCCCGCUAGGCAGUCCAGUGUGCAACUGUUAUGGUACUGGUGUGCAACUAAAAUGCCUUAAAUGUGCAACUAGAUUACCUUCACUGUGCAACUACAUGAUGUUCCUGUGCAACUAGAUUACCUUCACUGUGCAACUACAUAGUGUCCUGUGUACAAAAUGAAAAAAGGUGCAACUGGUUGUCCAUUUCCUGCAACUAUCUGUGCCAACACAUGUCAUAUUACUGUGCAGCUGGAUAUGUGCAUCCGUGCGACUAAAAAAAGAGAUAUUGUUUCUUUUUGUAUUAUGCAUGACGUAUGAUGCAUUAUGGAUCUGAGAUGAUGGUGCCGUUCGGACCAAAGGCAAUAACAAAUCUGUGUACAAGUUUUCGUAGAGAUGACACAAAGGAGGGUGACAUGAUUGAGACAAUUGCGCACUUCAAGGAUAUACAAAAAACCGAUCCAGACUUCUUCUAUAAGGUAAAAUAUGAUGAAGAGGACAAAGUUGUCAACAUAUUUUGGGUGGAUGGCUCAGCUCGAAAAGCUUAUUGGGAGGCGUACCACGAUUGCAUAUCGUUUGACACCACCUACAUGACCAACAUGUACAAUAUGUCGUUCGCGCCCUUCAUCGGAAUAAACCGGCAUGGCCAAUCUUUCAUGCCGGGUUGGGCGUUUGUGAGGCAGGAGUUGGCAUCAAGCUUUGGUUGGGUCUUCCGAGCAUUCCUAGAGGCUAUGGAUGGCAAACCUCCUGACAACUUCAUAACCGAUCAGGAUGGUGCAAUGAGGCAGUCAAUACAGAGCAUCUUUCCAUCCAUAGUGCACCGCUGUUGUCGAUGGCACAUCAUGAAAAAGGCUCAAGAAAAAGUUGGUUGGCUGUUGUGCCGGAACCCAGGGCUCUCUGAUGAUUUCAACUACUGUGUUGACUUCAGCUUCACUAUAGACGAGUUUGAGCGGAAUUGGGUUGGGUUAAUGAUAAAGUACGAGGCUAUGACACACACACACUUUGAGAAGUUGUACGAAUACAGGUCAACUUGGGUGCCGUGCUACUUCAAACACAGGUUCUUCCCCUUCCUGCAGUCUACACAACGUAGUGAGGGGUUCAACGCCGUCCUAAAAAGAUAUGUGAACCCACACAAUUCAAUGCUGAACUUCAUCAAGCAAUAUGAAAAAAUUCAGAACCACAUCCUUCCCAAGGAAGGCUGCAAUGAUUACAGGACAGAACACCUUGAGAUUGAGCUAUGGUCCAACUUCCCAAUAGAGAGGCAAGCUUACGAAACCUACACUAGGGACCUUUACCACAAGUUCAGAGAAGAGUUUGUGCUGAUUGGACGUUAUAAUGCGCUCCUAGUUGGUGCUGACCUUUUUUAGCUCAGACCGAACCAGGAAUUUGUUGCCAAAUAUGGUUCUCGAAACUACUUAGUGCAGGAAAGGGUGGGGGAGGGUUCCUAUUUGUGUGAAUGCUGCAAAACGGACAAGGACAACAUGCUCUGUUGCCACAUCCUCAAGGUGUUCACCCAUCUUGGAGUUGAUGUCAUACCGGAAAGGUACAUGCUAAGACGGUGGACACCUACUGUUGUCCCUAGUGCUCCAGGGACCGGGUAUGAACAACGAGAUGAAAUGCGUCCUCAAUCAAAGAAGCAGAUAAGGGAGAGAAACAUGAUAUACAAUUUUCGGAAACUAGCCAAGUUUGCAAGUGGCUCUGAUGCAGCACAGAAAAUUGUAUACAAGCAUAUGCGCGGAGCACGCACCAAGAUCAGCCACCAGAACAAGUCCAAGAAAAAGAAAAAACUGGCUGCUGCUAUUGGGCCAUCAGAUGAUGGCAACCCUCAAGGACCUCCUCCACCUCCAGGCUCUACACAGCAUGCUCCGCCACCUCCUCCCCCGCCUGGCCCAACAAGCAGUGCCCCGCGUCGUCCUCCCAAUGGCUCUACAGGCAUCACUCAGGGGGC